AUGACAGAUAUUCCAACUAGUUAUUAAAGAAUAAAUGCAGACAUGAUAACAAAAUUUAAAGGCUAAUAUGUCACACUUGUUGGAAAAUUAAUAUAAAACAAAGGAGAUUAUGUUGAAUUUAUGGUAGAUGGAAGUAAAAAUUAUCAGAUUUUAUAUAGCAAUUGUAAAAGUGACUGAAAUUGAAGAAGUUCCUGAUAGUAAUGAAGAUAUCCUUUUAGAAAUAAGAGGCAAAUUAAAUGAUGAUGGUUAUUUAGAAGCAAAAGAAUUUACAGAAUUAGAUUAGACAUUUGAUUUCGAACUAUAUAAAAAAGUGAUAAAUAUGGUUUAAGGUCAAUUUAGAGAACUGUUUUAUGAUUGA